AUGGAUUCGUUGAUCCGCAACUACUCUCUGCACAAGAAGCUGAGCGAGGAUCGUCACAAAGAGAUGUUUGGCGAUGGCAUAUUCAUGGUCUUCGUCUCAGAUUAUGUCUUGUACAUACGGAGCUUCAACAGUGGAUGGAUGCCCCUCUAUGUCAACUGGCCUAUCUCAGACAGCCACCUGUAUCCAGAAAACAUCAAGAUGGAAAUCGACGGGAAACAGCCAGGCGAAGAUGACGACGAAGAGCGUGGCGACAACGACGCAGGGCCAGCCGAAGACGAGUCAGAGAUAAAUGAAUAUUCGAUAGACAGGGAAGAAAUAGAGACUGAGCCGGAGGGAGACGACGAGGAUGACGAAGAUGACAAAGACGAUGGAGACGAUGGCGACGACGAAGACGAUGAAGAUGACGAAGAGUAG